AUGGAUAUUUCCAAACCAGUUGGAUCAGAAAUCACAUCUGUUGACUUUGGAGUGUUAUCAGAUGAAGAAAUAAGAAAACUAUCAGCAAAACAAAUUACAAAUCCUAUUGUAUUUGAUAAUUUAGGACAUCCAAUAAGUGGAGGUUUAUAUGAUUUAUCAUUAGGUGCAUUCUUAAGAAAUGUUUGUGGUACAUGUGGAUUAGAUGAACGUUCAUGUCCUGGUCAUAUGGGAAAUAUAGAAUUACCAGUACCAGUUUAUAAUCCAAUGUUUUUCAAUCAAUUAUAUAUUUUCUUGAGAAGUUCAUGUUUAUAUUGUCAUAAAUUUAAAUUGAGUGAAGUUGAAGUGAAUAAAUAUAAGUGUAAAUUGGAAUUAAUACAAUAUGGAUUAUUAUUAGAAUGUGUUGAUUUGGAUAAUAUGAUGGCUGAUACAAAAAUCAAAGAUGAAGAAGAUGAAGAUGAACCAAUCGAUAAAAAAGCCGUACGAGAUUUGAUCGAAAGAAGAGAAACAUUUUUGAAAAAUGCUAUUAAGAGUGCUUUAAAAGAUGGAAGAACUAGUUCGAGGGGUAUUCAUACAGCAUCAGUUAAUGAAGAAAGAAAAUUUGUAAUACAUGAUUUUUAUAAAAGAUUAUUAUCAAGACCAAAAUGUUCAAAUUGUGGAAUGUAUUCACCAAGUUUUAGAAAAGAUGGAUUUACAAAAAUUUUUGAAAAUGCAUUAACUGAUAAACAAAUUUCAAAUAAUAGAGUUAGAGGAUUACAAAGACCAGAUAUGAUUAGAAAACAACAAAAGAAAUUAGAUGUAAGUGAUAUACCAAAUAUAAAACAUAAAGGAGGAUCAAAGUAUAUAUUGUCAUCAGAAGUUAAAAAUGUUUUAAAGUCAGUAUUCGAUAAAGAACAAGCUGUACUACAAAAGGUAUUCCAUUCUAGACCCUAUCAAAAAGAAUUCGUAAGUGGUGAUAUAUUUUUUAAACAGUCAAUUUUAGUCCCACCUACUAGAUUUAGAUUACCUUCAAAAUUAGGUGAUGAAAUACAUGAAAAUGCUCAAAAUGAAUUAUUAUCAAAUAUUCUUAAAACAUCAUUAACUAUUAGAGACUAUAAUGUACAAAUUUCACAAAUGUUCAAAGAUAAAAUAACUGGUGAACAAAAGAAAAUCAUUUUCAAUAGACUCAUGAAUGCAUUUGUAGCCUUACAAAAUGAUGUCAAUGCUUUUAUCGAUUCAACUAAAAAUCAAAAUGCACCAGCUGGUAAAAUUCCAAAUCCAGGUAUAAAACAAGCAUUGGAAAAGAAAGAAGGUUUAUUUAGAAAACAUAUGAUGGGUAAAAGAGUCAACUAUGCUGCAAGAUCGGUCAUUUCUCCUGAUCCAAAUUUAGAGACCAAUGAAAUUGGUGUUCCACCUGUUUUUGCUAAAAAAUUAACAUAUCCAGAACCAGUUACACAACAUAAUGCAGCAGAAUUAAGACAAGCAGUUAUAAAUGGUCCUGACAAAUGGCCCGGAGCAGUUCAAAUUCAAAAUGAAGAUGGAUCAUUAAUAAAUUUAAUUGGCAUGAGUUUAGAACAAAGAAAAACUUUGGCAAAUCAAUUGUUAACACCAUCCUCAACAAAUUCAAUAGUUGGUAAAAAAGUUUUUAGACAUAUUAAAAAUAAAGAUGUUGUUAUAAUGAAUCGUCAACCUACAUUGCAUAAAGCUUCAAUGAUGGGUCAUAAAGUUAGAGUUUUACCUGGUGAAAAAACAUUAAGAUUGCAUUAUGCAAAUACUGGUGCAUAUAAUGCUGAUUUUGAUGGUGAUGAAAUGAAUAUGCAUUUUCCACAAAAUGAAAAUGCAAAAGCAGAAGCUUUGAAUUUGGCAAACACUGAUUCACAAUAUUUAACGCCAACUUCAGGUUCUCCAUUAAGAGGUUUAAUUCAAGAUCAUAUUUCAGCAGGUGUUUGGUUAACAAGUAAAGAUUCGUUCUUCAAUAAGGAAACAUAUCAACAAUUAAUUUAUGGUUGUAUUAGACCUGAAGAUGGUCAUACUACAAGAAAUAGAAUAAUAACUGUACCACCAGCAAUUAUGAAACCAGAAUUUUUAUGGACUGGUAAACAAGUUAUAACUACAAUUUUACUCAAUAUCACCCCUGAUAAUGUACCUGGUGUUAAUUUAAUAUCAAAAAAUAAAAUAAAAUCAGAUUAUUGGAGUAAAGCCUCAACCGAAAAUGAAGUUAUAUUCAAAAAUGGCGAAUUAUUAUCUGGUAUACUUGAUAAAUCUCAAUAUGGGGCUUCACAAUUUGGUAUUGUUCAUUCAUUACAUGAAGUUUAUGGUCCUGAUAUCGCUGGUAAAGCAUUAUCUGUUUUGGGAAGAUUAUUUACAAAUUAUAUAAUGAUGACUGCUUUCACUUGUGGUAUAGAUGAUUUAAGAUUAACAAGUGAAGGUAAUUCAUGGAGAAAAGAUAUAUUGAAACAAUCUGUUGGAAUAGGUAAAGUUGCAGCAAAUGAAGUUACCAACCUUGAUGAAGAUAAUGAUAAAGAAUUAAGAAAAAGAUUAGAAGAAAUAUUAAGAGAUGAUAAUAAAUCAGGAAUAUUGGAUGCUAUAACACAAUCUAAAGUUAAUACAAUCACAUCACAAGUUGUUUCAAAAUGUAUACCCGAAGGUACAAUGAAAAAAUUCCCAUAUAAUUCUAUGCAAGCUAUGGCUUUAUCAGGUGCAAAAGGUUCAAAUGUUAAUGUUUCUCAAAUUAUGUGUUUAUUAGGACAACAAGCAUUAGAAGGUAGAAGAGUACCCGUGAUGGUUUCAGGUAAAACAUUGCCAUCUUUUAAACCAUUUGAAACUGAUGCAAGAGCAGGUGGAUAUAUUAAACAAAGAUUUUACUCAGGUAUUAGACCACAAGAAUAUUAUUUCCAUUGUAUGGCGGGUAGAGAAGGUUUAAUUGAUACUGCGGUCAAAACUUCAAGAUCUGGUUAUUUACAACGUUGUUUAACUAAACAAUUAGAAGGUGUUCAUGUAUCUUACGAUAACUCUGUUAGAGACGGUGAUGGUACUGUUAUACAAUUUUUAUACGGUGGUGAUUCAAUAGAUACUACAAAACAAUCACAUAUGAAUCAAUUUGAUUUCUGUUUAGAAAAUUAUGAUGCUUUGUUAACUAAAUAUAAUCCAGGUGAAAUGAUUGAAAAUAUAGAUACUGAUGAAGCUACAAGCUAUCAAAAGAAGGUUAAAAAACAGUUAAAAAAACAAGAAGAUUUACCACAUUAUGAACAAGAAGUUACAGAUCCAGUAUUGAAUGUAUAUAAUCCAUCUAAAUAUUUGGGCUCAGUUUCCGAAAAAUUCAAUGAAAAAUUAAACAACUUUAUAGAACAAAACCCAUCAAAAUUUGCAGAAUCAAAUAAAGAAGCUAAAUUGACUGGCAAAUUAACUGAGAAAAAAUUCAGAGCAUUAAUGCAAUUAAAAUAUAUGAGAUCAAUUAUAAAUCCUGGUGAAUCUGUUGGUAUUAUUGCAUCACAAUCAAUUGGUGAACCAUCAACACAGAUGACAUUAAAUACUUUCCAUUUUGCUGGUCACGGUGCUGCAAAUGUUACUUUAGGUAUACCACGUAUGAGAGAAAUUAUUAUGACUGCAUCAUCAUCAAUCAAAACUCCACAAAUGACGUUACCUAUAUUAUCAGAUAUUACGAAUGAACAAUCUGAUAAUUUCUGUAAAUCAAUUGGUAAAGUUGUGAUGAGUGAAUUUGUUGAUAAAGUAGUAGUUACAGAAACAACAUCACAGAAUGAAGGUGAAAAUACAAGAUCAUAUACUAUUAAUUUGCAAUUUUUCACAAAAGAAGAAUAUGAACAGGAGUAUGAAAUAACUCAACAACAAUUGGAAGAUACAAUAACUAGAACAUUUAUACAAGCUUUGGAGGCGCAAAUUGUUAAAGAAGUUAAAAAACAAAAGACUAAUUUACCAACUGUUGGUAAAUCAGCAGGUAAAACCGAUAUGGAAACUGUUUCUGGUAAAAUUAAAGAGAUUGAUGAAGAUGAUGAAGAUGAAGAUGAUGAAAAUGAAGAUUCAGAAUCUGCAAAAUCAAGAAAUAACGUUAAACAACAAGUAUCGUAUGAUGGACCAGAUGAUGAUGAAAUUGAAACAAUGAAAAGAGCAGAAGAAUCAGAUGAAGAAAUGGAAUUAAAUUCAAAUUCUUCAAGUUCUUCAGAUUCAGAAUCUGAUGAUGAUAUGGAUGUUGAUUUACCACCUGAAAUGUCUAGAUUAGCAAAAGAUCGUCAAUUGGAAGUCAUUGCUCAACAUAAUAUGGUUACCCAGUUUAAUUUUGAUGAUGAAAAUGGUGAAUGGUGUGAAUUUAAAUUAGAAUUAGAUGGUAAUGAAACACAAAAAUUGUUGAUGGUGAAUAUUGUCGAAGAUUUAUUAAGAAGAGUUGUUGUUCGUGAAAUUCCAAAUAUUGGUAGAUGUUUAAGACCAGAACCAGCUAAUGGAGUUAGAAUUUUGACUACAGAAGGUGUAAAUUUCAAAGCAAUGUGGGAAGAAGAUGAUUUUAUCGAUGUGAAUAAAAUUUCAUCGAAUGAUAUUGCUCAAGUUUUACGAGUUUAUGGUGUUGAAGCAGCUAGAAAUACAAUUGUUAAUGAAAUUUAUCGUGUUUUCGAUACAUAUGGUAUUUCAGUUUCAAGUAGACAUUUGGAUUUAAUUGGUGAUAUGAUGACUAGAGAAGGUAAUUAUCUUGCUUUUAAUAGACAAGGUAUUGAUUCAUCAACAUCAGCAUUUAUGAAAAUGUCAUAUGAAACAACUUGUCAAUUUUUAACAAAAGCAGUUUUGGAUGGUGAUAGAGAAGAAUUAGAUUCUCCUUCAGCUAAAAUUGUAAUGGGUAAAUUAUCAAAUGUAGGUACUGGUUCAUUUGAUCUAUUAGCUAAAUUACCAAAAUAG